AACAUGUUGACACCCGGUUCAGCUACAUGACAGAGACACUCUCCAUCUGCGUUAUCUAGCAAUCUAUACAACAAGAGUUACAGAUCUUCAAGUAAACAUGGAUUACAGGUAGACCAAUCACAGGCUUUCCUUGAGCGCUUAUGAUGUUGUCAGCCUGUAAUACGGGAGCAUCUGCUGGUGGAGGAGGAAGUGUUGUCAUGGAGACGUCUAACUUUGCCCAUGUCAUCUUCCAGAAUGUUGGGAAAAGCUUCCUCCCGCAGGCAGCGCUUGAAUGUCAUUACACGCUCACCCCCUUCAUCACCCCACAUCCCAAAGACUGGGUUGGCAUCUUUAAGGUGGGCUGGAGCAGUGCGAGAGACUACUACACGUUUCUCUGGUCUCCCAUGCCUGAAAACUACACUGAGGGAUCCACUGUUCACCGAACCAUCAUCUUUCAGGGAUAUUAUGUUCCCCGUAGUGAUGGUGAGUUUUAUCAGUUCUGCUAUGUCACACACACGGGUGAAAUCAGAGGUGCGAGCACACCAUUCCAAUUCCGCCCGGCCACACCCACAGGGGAGGAGCUACUGACCGUGGAAGAUGAUGGGAACUCAGACAUACUGGUUGUGACGACAAAGACUGGACUACUUGAGCAGCGUGUUGAGGAAGUUCAACAGGAGUGCAAAGAACUGCAGAAAGCACUACGCCUCCUCACACAGGAGAGAGAUCAGCUACAGGAGAGACAGAGACAACAGAACCAGAAAGGCUUGCGUGAGGAGAAGGAGGAGGCUCAAGCCAGAGUCAGACAACUUGAACAGGACCUGCUAGAAAUCACACAAAAAGCUGUUCUUAAAGAGACUGAACUGGACUGUUUAAGAGACAGGCUGCAGAAGGUGAUUUCUGAGAGGGACGGUCUACAAACUCAACUGAAGAACGAGAGAGACGAAAGGGAGCUUUACAAAUCUCACGUGCGCAGUGCCGAGCUGGAAAACACUAAACUUAGUGCAGAGCUGCAGAUGCUGAAGGCAGUGGAGCUAAACAGAGAGGUCACCAUCGCACAGUACCAGGAGGAACUGCACAGGCUACGCACAGAGAGGGACACACACCCCGCUGAUGCCGUAAUAGAUGGUCUGAAAAUGCAGUUGCGUCAAGCUGAGGAGCAGCUCCAGGCCUCGCGGCAGCAGGCCGCCAUGUUGGGUUCUGAGUUACGUGAUGCCUCCGGCGGGCGAGAUCGCACCAUGGCUGAGCUGUACCGUGCCCGUCAGGAGACAGAAGACCUACGAGCCCAUUUAGCUGAAGCCCAGGAAGAAUGCAGACAUGCUCAGAAUCAGCUUGACAGGAUGAGAAGCCAGGCAUCACAGGAAGUGGGCAGGGCUGGAGUGGGUGUGGUUUCAGAGCUGGAGGCGGAGCUACAAAAAGAGGUCGAGGAACUAAAGCUGCGUCUGAAUAUGGCUGCAGAGCACUACAAAGAGAAAUACAGAGAGUGCCAACGUUUGCGAAGACAAGUCACCAAACUGACCCAGCAACAAGAGAUGCAGCAGGGGGACUGUAACAGGAAUGAUGCCUCUACAGAGACCACACAGGAGUUACACACACCAGAUGCAGAGACGCCUCCCACAGAUCAAUAUCCUGCUGAGAUCAAACCUGUGACACAAAGAGAUGCCGAGAGACUGGGAAUUGAAGGCAGACCUGGACAGGACGGGAAGGAAGAGAAAAAAGAGGAAGAGGAGGAAGAUGAAGAGGAGGAGGAUGAGGACGAGGAGGAAGAGGAGUGCAGUGUGUCAGUCGAAGCUGAGCUUGCCUGCAUGGAGGAGAAAUGGAGAGAGCAGUACACCAUCAAUGAAUACCUGAAGCUCCUGCUAGCCAGUGAGGAGCAGCGGUUUAAAACUCAAGUGGCAGAGAAGGUCAGAGAGGUGUCUGCUCUGAGGGAGAGUCUUGUGGUGGUGACCAGGGAGAAAGAGAGACUGGAGAAGGAGUUGCGGCAGUGUAUGAACAGAGUGGAGGCAGCAGGGAGUCGGAGGUCAGACGUAAGAGAGCCAAUGAUUCUGCGAUACCCACUGCCGUAUACACAAGACCAACCUCCACCUCCACUGGUGCCCCAACAACCAGCUGAACUGCAGUACGGAAACCCCUAUUCAGAGCAAGAGACCCGGGAUGGAGCAGAUGGGGCAUUAUCCCCAGAACAAACCUGCCGGCCCCCUCCUUUGGCUCCACCGCCGUGGGGUGGUCCUGUGGUCUGCAGUCAGCCAUCACGCAGUCUCAGCCCCCCUGAUGGCCUGGAGAAUCCCGCUGAAGAGCGGCCUAACGGAGGUGAUGGUGAGGCCCCUGCAGUCUGCGAUCAUCAGAGCCUGGAAUCUAAUGAGAGCCACACCAGCUUCUGCUUUGAUACCAGGUAAAUGUUUGGAAAUCCAUGCUACCUUACUCAUACUAUGUUUGCAAUAUGUAUACUGUACA